CGCUGAGGCAAUGCAUUCAAUCUCACCCCACGAUUGUUCCGGCUGGUUACUUUCACGCAGAGCUAUCGAGAUUUUUCUUGCCGUAUUCUCCAGGCACCCAGUGCGCAAGUUUCACUACUUCCGCGCCGAGAUACCCCGACCAACCUCGGCAUCUUUCCCGGUAACCAGGACACAGCGCGCUCUGUUUCGAAAUGCCAAGCUCCCAUGCGUCUCGCCUUUGCUACGCGCCGAAUCUACUCACCCUGAUCCCAUCCAUCUGGCACAUCAGCCCUCUGACGCAGCGCUUCCCCGUCCGCGAGUACAUCAAGGGGCUUUAUAAGUAUGCCUCCGCUCUUGUGCCUGCCCAUCUCUUCUCGAUGGACUAUUCAAGCUUCAUGUCCUCGGGCCUACUAGCUAUUGCGCCCCGCCAUACCGUCCAUCGACGCUCCCAUUCAGCUUCCACUAUGCUUGUCCGUCCGUUACCACCUAUCCCAGCCACAGCCCCAGGGCGGCGCGGGCACACACGAGCUACGUCACUUAACUACAAACGCGCCGACCCGCAACAAAGACCAUCAGGUCCCCGAAGGGCGUCACAACACGCUUUAGAUGAGGGAGCCAUUGAAGGGAGGAGGCCAAUGUCGGCGGGAACUUCUAAGCACGGAGGGUCGAGACAUCAGAGUGCCAGUGCCAACGCCUCCUCCUCGUAUCUGUCAUUAGAUGAGUGAGUAUCUGCACUGCCCUUCCUGGACGCUCCAAAUUCACGAAGUCAGCAGUGACUCAGACUCGGACGAGCUCCCGGACGAGCUCGAGGACGACAUUCACGCGACCUUCAUCGACUUGAAUGACUCGCACAGCUCGUUGCUGCUCCCCCAGCUCGUGUUGCCGGAUUCGCCGCACGACGGCCCGGGGAUGACCAAAGCUACGCGGAGCGCACCGCCACUGGGAUCUUUCCUGUCUUUCACCCCGGCGGCAUCGCCGAUCGAUAGUCCCAUCCUCGCAUUGCCGUCGCAGCACUUUCUCCGAUCAGCCCAUGACGCAGAGCCAUUUAUCAUGGAGGACACAUCGCCGCCUCUCGAUAGCAAGGUGAAUCAGGUUGAGAGGGAGCCGAAGUCUGUCGGGGAGGGUUCAGACUCACCGGGUGACUGGCGGGAUGCUGUGGACACUUUUAUUGGCGAGGAAGAUGCUGCCACAGACACAUAGCUUUCCUCUCCUUCCACAAAGCAUGGAAUUGUACUCUUGCAUGUAAUUGUAUCGUGCAAUCUCCACUGGACUCGCUGAUGCUGCGGCCUGUCUGUUACACUCUGCGAAGCGCCUAUGCCUUCGUGGCGUUUAUUUAUGACUCCCGUAGACCGGAGAACCCUAGAAUUCUUGAUCAAAGGCCUCUC